AUGGAAAGAUGGAGAGCCUGAAGUCCCAGGAGCAUACAGAGAAGGAAAACAGCCAACGUGGAGGGCCUGGCCCAGAUCGCUGCCUCAGCCUCCCGAGGAUUCUGGACCCUGCCUGAAAACCUGACGGUUGUGGAGGGGACUUCAGUCAAGCUGCAGUGCGGGGUCAGUGCCCCUGGCAGUGUGGUGCAAUGGGCCAAAGAUGGGCUACUCCUCGGCCCUGACCCUAGGAUCCCAGGCUUCCCGAGGUACCGCCUGGAAGGGGAUCCUGCUAGAGGUGAAUUCCACCUGCAUAUAGAAGCCUGUGAACUCAGCGACGAUGCAGAGUAUGAGUGCCAGGUCGGCCGCUCAGAGAUGGGCCCCGAGCUCAUGUCACCCAAAGUGUUCCUCUCCAUCCUGGUUCCCCCCAAGGUGCUUCAGCUGACCCCUGAGGCAGGGAGCACGGUCACCUGGGUAGCUGGGCAGGAGUAUGUGGUCAGCUGUGUGUCUGGGGAUGCAAAGCCAGCACCUGACAUCACCUUCCUCCAGAGUGGACGAACAAUAUCUGACAUCUCUGCUAACGUGAAUGAGGGGUCCCAGGAGAAACUCUUCACCACAGAGGCCACAGCCAGGGUGACACCCCAGAGCUUGGAUAAUGGGCAAUUACUGGUCUGUGAGGGGUCCAGCCCAGCCUUGGACACCCCUAUCAAGGCUUCAGUCACCAUGAAUGUUCUGUUCCCCCCAGGACCCCCUGUCAUCGAGUGGCCAGGCCUGGAUGAGGGACACGUGCGGGCAGGGCAGAGCUUGGAGCUACCAUGUACUGCCCGAGGGGGAAAUCCACCAGCUACACUGCAGUGGCUGAAGAAUGGCCAGCCCAUGUCCACAGCGUGGGGCACAGAACAUGCCCAGGCGGUGGCACGCAGCGUGCUGGUGAUGACCGUGCGGCCAGAAGACCAUGGAGUACGGCUCAGCUGUGAGGCCCACAACAGCGUAUCUACAGUGACCCAGGAACGCAGCAUCCUGCUGCAAGUUGCCUUUCCCCCCAGUGCCAUUACUAUCCUGGGAUCUGCAUCCCAGUCUGAGAACAAGAAUAUGACGCUCUCCUGUAUCACCAAGUCCAGUCGACCGCGGGUCCUGCUGCGAUGGUGGCUGGGCUGGCGGCAGCUGCUGGCCACAGAAGAAACAGUCACAGAUGGCCUGCAUGGCGGCCACAUCUCCAUGUCCAAUCUGACAUUCUUGGUGCGGCGGGAGGACAAUGGUCUGACCCUCACAUGUGAGGCUUUCAGUGAGGCCUUCGCCAAAGAGACCUUUAAGAAGUCACUCAUCCUGAAUGUGAAAUAUCCUGCCCAGAAGCUGUGGAUCGAGGGACCCCCAGAAGGGCAGCGCCUCAGGGCUGGGACUCGGGUGAGGCUGGUGUGCUUGGCCAUCGGGGGCAACCCAGACCCCUCCCUCACCUGGUACAAGGACUUGCGCGCCGUGACCGAGCCGCGGCAGCCUCAGGAGCCGCGGCGGGUGCAGCUGGGAAGCCUGGAGAAGUCGGGGAGCACCUUCUCCCGCGAGCUAGUGCUGAUCACAGACCCGUCGGACAACCUGGCCAAGUUCACGUGCAAGGCGGGCCAGCUCAGCGCAUCCAAUCAGCUAGUGGUGCAGUUUCCCCCAACGAACGUGACAAUCGUCGCCAACGCGUCGGCACUGCGUCCAGGGGACGCCUUAAACUUGACGUGCGUCAGCAUUAGCAGCAACCCGCCGGUCAACUUAUCGUGGGACAAGGAGGGGCAGAGGCUGGAAGACGUGGCCGCACCCCCGCGAAGCGCCCCGUUCAAAGGCUCCGCAGCGGCCAGAAGCGUCCUUCUGCGAGUGUCAUCCCGCGACCACGGCCACCGUGUGACCUGCCGCGCCCACAGCGCAGAGCUCCGCGAAACCGUGAGCGCCUUCUACCGCCUCGACGUGCUAUACCGUCCAGAGUUCCUGGGGGAGCAGGUGCUCGUGGUGACGGCGGUGGAACAGGGCGAGGCCCUGCUGCCUGUGUCCGUGUCUGCUAACCCCGCCCCCGAGGCCUUUAACUGGACCUUCCGCGGCUAUCGCCUCAGCCCAGCUGGUGGCCCCCGGCAUCGCAUCCUGUCUGGCGGGGCUCUGCAUCUAUGGAACGUGACCCGCGCCGAUGAUGGCCUCUAUCAGCUGCACUGUCAGAACUCGGAGGGCACCGCUGAAGCGCUGGUGCGGCUGGACGUGCACUAUGCUCCCACCAUCCGCACCCUCCAGGAUCCCACUGAGGUGAAUGUCGGGGGUUCCGUGGACAUAGUCUGCACCGCUGAUGCCAAUCCCAUCCUCCCAGGGAUGUUCAAGUGGGAGAGGCUGGGGGAAGAGGAGGAGGACUGGAGCCUGGAUGACAUGGAGCAGCUGUCAAAAGGGUCCACUGGGCGUCUGCAGAUUCGCCAUGCCAAACUGACCCAGGCUGGUGCUUACCAGUGCAUCGUGGACAAUGGAGUGGCACCUGCAGCCCGAGGGCUGGUCCGUCUUGUUGUCAGAUUUGCCCCCCAGGUGGAGCACCCCACUCCCCUAACUAAAGUGGCUGCAGCUGGAGACAGCACCAGUUCUGCCACCCUCCACUGCCGUGCCCAAGGUGUCCCUAACAUUGUCUUCACUUGGACCAAAAACGGGGUCCCUCUGGAUCUCCAGGAUGCCAGGUACAUGGAGCACACAUAUCACCAGGGUGGAGUCCACAGCAGUCUCCUGACCAUUGCCAAUGUGUCUGCAGCCCAGGAUUAUGCCCUCUUCACUUGCACUGCCACCAACCCCCUAGGCUCGGACCACACCAACAUUCAACUCGUCAGCAUCAGCCGCCCUGACCCCCCAUUGGGAUUAAAGGUCGUGAGCAUGACCCCACACUCAGUGGGGCUGGAGUGGAAGCCUGGCUUUGAUGGGGGCUUGCCCCAGAAAUUUCACAUCAGGUAUGAGGCUCUGGAGACUCCAGGGUUCCUGUACAUGGAUAUCUUACCACCCCAGGCCACCACCUUCACACUUACUGGGCUACAGCCUUCUACACGAUACAGGAUCUGGUUGCUGGCCAGCAAUGCCCUGGGGGACAGUGGACUAGCUGACAAGGGGACCCAGCUCACCAUCACUACGCCAGGCCUGGCUCAGCCUUCUGGAGAACCUGACUACCAGCUGCCCACAGAGCAGCCUGCAGGACCCUCGGGGUUGCCCCUGCUUCCUGUGCUAUUUGCUGUUGGGGGUCUUCUGCUGCUUUCCAAUGCCUCCUGUGUUGGGGGAUUCCUCUGGCAGCGGAGACUGAGGCGUCUUGCUGAAGGCAUCUCAGAGAAGACAGAGGCAGGGUCGGAGGAGGACCGAGUCAGGAAUGAAUACGAAGAGAGCCAGUGGACUGGAGACCGGGACACUCGAAGCUCCAUGGUUAGCACAACAGAAGUAGAGCCAUAUUACCACUCCAUGAGAGACUUCAGCCCCCACGUGCUCCCCACGCUGGAGGAGGUGUCUUAUCCCCAAGCUUUCAUAGGUCUUGAAGAUGAGGCUAUGGCCUUUCCUGGGCAUCUGUAUGAUGAAGUGGAAAGAAUGUAUGCCCCGUCUGGGGCCUGGGGACCCCUCUACGAUGAAGUGCAGAUGGACCCCUGUGACCUCCGCUGGCCUGAGGACGAGUAUGAGGAUCCCAGAGGAAUCUAUGACCAGGUGGCAGGAGACUUGGACACUAUGGAACCUGAUUCUCUCCCAUUUGAGCUGAGAGGAGAUCUGGUGUGA